GCCCGGGAUGGCGGCGUCAAGUGGGGCAGGCGCUGGUGGAGGUGUUGGGAGAGGCUGGUGGCAGGGGCGAGCCCGGCGGAGGCGCCGUCCCGGCCGCUGGAACCCCGCGUCUGGGCGUGAUUGUCAUCCCGAAAGGCGGAGCUCAGGAUUCUAAAAGCCUAAGACUGCUUUCUUUAUAAUUAAGAGAACUUUGACAAGACGGUCAUACUCUGGGGAGGCUUUGGAGGAACAAUGUAAAGUGGAGUCAUGCUGACCUCUACCCCAGGCACACUGAUGCUGGGCUGACAACAAGAGGCUUGAGCCUGAACUUGGAUGCUGACCUUGUGGAACAUUGGUGGAGCAGAGAUGGCACACCAGUCGUUAUCCUUUUCUUCCGUACACUGUCACCAUGACCCUGACAAAAGGUUCCUUCACCUACUCCAGUGGGGAAGAAUAUCGAGGCGAGUGGAAGGAAGGCCGCAGACAUGGUUUUGGUCAACUGAUGUUUGCAGAUGGUGGCAUCUACCUGGGUCAUUUUGAGAAUGGGCUCUUUAAUGGCUUCGGGGUACUGACCUUCUCCGAUGGCUCAAGGUAUGAGGGGGAGUUCGCCCAGGGCAAGUUUAACGGCGUCGGAGUCUUCAUUCGACAUGACAACAUGACAUUUGAAGGGGAAUUUAAAAAUGGCAGAGUAGACGGUUUUGGCCUGCUGACCUUCCCUGAUGGUUCUCACGGAAUACCCCGCAACGAAGGGCUGUUUGAGAACAACAAGCUGCUGCGGCGUGAGAAGUGCUCCGCAGUCGUGCAGCGGGCCCAGAGCGCCUCCAAGUCGGCCAGAAGUCUCACCGCCUGAAGGCCGUCGGGCACCCGCUCCCAAGCACGGGCCAAAGUGCAGGCCCCGUGGCGCCCUCGAGGCGAAUCCAUGAACCAGAUGGGAGAGGAGAUGAGAAUGCCCACGGAGCAGAGGCCUGGAGACAGGCCCCCUCACCUGCCCGGUGGGGAUUCAGUGACGAAGGUCGUGAGGAUUCUGACCCCCGGCCCACAGCAGGGUCACCAGUUCCGUCUCUGCCUCUCCCUGGUUGGUAUUCUUUGUCCCUAACGCCUCGGGUCGCCCAGUGCAGACCUGCUUCUACUCGAUUUCCUGCCAACGGAGGCAGGAUCUCUUCAUUCUGCCUGUACUGGGGGCAGAUGAUCCUGGCCCCAGGUUAGGGCUAGUGCUUUGUGCUACCCUGGAGAAACAGGGAGAAACACAGGGGUGGCUUAGACAGCUCUGCAGGCCUGUGAAAGUCAAAGCCAGAGCGUUUCCGUGUGUCACCCCCUCAUUGGCUGCUGGUUGGCUUCAUGGCUCCGGGCCUUCCACUUUGUCUCCCCAAGCUGGUAUUUGUGUCUGCUUGUCCCCCUGUGAAGGGUACGGUAAGAGUGCGAUUUCCCUCUCCCCUGACUCUACAAGCGGUCUUCCUUACCUGAGGUCCAGCAGCUAAUUUUUGCCCCAUUUGUGCCUCUUUCCUUCCUUAGACACAGGACAGGAUCCCUUUUGGGGCUAGUCAAGAAACUGAUACAAGGAGUCAUCUCAUAACGUGUAUUUGUUACUUACUCCGGGGCAGAGGACAAACAUCUCUGGGCCACUUAAGGCCCUACCAUGGAGUGACUGAAUUCUUAGGGGUGGGUUGGGCUGACACAGCCCCUUCCCAGCGGACCUGGAGGUCAGACCCACCUCAACCCCUUGGAGCUUGGGGAGAAUUGGACCCAUCCUAGGACCGAAGUGAACCAAAAGAGAGUUUGGCUCCUUACAUUUGGUUUCCUGUUAACUCUUCCACCACGAGCUUGGCCUUCAGGCCUGGGGGUCAGAUCUGGAUGGAUAGGAUCCCUGCGUAGUUCAUCACGGAGGCCUCCGGUUAUCCCAGAACCCAGACAUGCCCACUCCACUCCCAGCCCCUUAUCCUCACACUGAAUGUCUCCUCAACAGCAGAUUGUGGUGGAAAUUAUAGCCGUGUGCCUCUAUUUAUUCUCUGAGUUGUACUGUAGAAACAAGUGUUUAUGAGGAAUAAACAAAUCACCAGAA